AUGCAGCUCAGUGUGGUCGCUCUGAGUUUCCACAAUGGCAUACUAUAUGGGCAGGGCCAGAAAGUGCAGAAGGUGAUGGUGCAGCCCAUCAACCUCAUCUUCAGAUACUUGCAAAAUAGAUCCCGGAUUCAGGUGUGGCUCUAUGAGCCAGGGAAUAUGUGGAGAGAGGGCUGUAUCAUAGGCUUUGAUGAGUAUAUGAACCUUGCAUUAGAUGAUGCUGAAGAGAUUCAUUCUAAAACAAAGUCAAGAAAACAACUGGGACAGAUCAUGCUAAAAGGAGAUAACGUUACUCUCCUACAAAGUGUGUUCAACUAG